AUGAGGAAACAAAAUUGGCUGAUUGUUCUUAAUCUAGCAAACAAUUAUUUGUCUGGAAGAAUUCCUAAUUGUUGGCAGCAUUGGCAAUAUUUGCAAGUCUUACAAUUAGAAAAUAACCAAUUGAUGGGUACCAUUCCACCAUCUAUUGGACAUUUAGCUUCUCUCAAAUCAUUGCACUUGCAACAUAACAACCUCUCAGGAAAACUACCGCAAUCUCUACAACAUUGUGUAAACUUGGUGCUCAUUGAUCUUGGUGGAAAUGAAUUUAUUGGAAGCAUUCCUACUUGGAUGGGGAAUUCAUUUUCGAAAUUGGUAGUUCUUAACCUUCGUUCAAAUAAGUUUCAAGGCGGCAUUCCAUAUGAACUAUGUCGUCUAAGUUCUCUUCAAAUCUUGGACCUUGCACAUAAUAAUCUCUCAACAGUUGUGCCAAAAUGUUUCAACAAUUUCACAGCCAUGGUUGAAAAACAAAAUUCAAGCAAUCUCUUUUCUUAUUUUGCAAUGAGUCCUACAUCAGGAGCUCAAGAAAAUGCAUUUCUUGUGACCAAAGGAAGAGAGGUUGAAUAUAGUACCAUCCUUAAAUUUGUUACAAGCAUGGAUCUUUCAGAAAACAAUUUGUCUGGACAGAUCCCCAAGGAACUAACUAGACUAGUUGGAUUGCAUUCAUUGAAUCUGUCUGGAAAUCAUUUUACCGGAGAGAUCCCAAAGAAUAUUGGUGACAUGGAGCAACUUGAAUCCCUAGAUUUCUCUCUAAACCAACUUUGUGGUGAAAUUCCUUUGAGCAUGUCAAGUUUGACAUUCUUGAGUCACUUGAAUUUGUCUUAUAAUAAUUUGAUAGAACAAAUUCCAUUAAGUACUCAACUUCAAAGCUUAGAGAAUUCCAGCUUCGUCAGCAACAAACUUUGUGGACCUCCACUCCCAAGCUGUGACACAAACAAGGCAAGGCAAUACCUAAAGUUAAACAUGGAGGCAAUGAAGAAGGAGAGGGAUUUCCAGAAAUGUGGUUCUAUGCGAUAUCGGCACUUGGAUUUGUUGUUGGUUUUUGGGUUGUGGUGGGUCCUUUACUAUUCAAGAUGCGCUGGAGAAUUGCUUAUUUUCGGUUUCUUGAUGAUAUUUGGUACAACUUCUGUAAUUUUAUUUUAA